AUGGAUCCGACCUCAGCGGAGUCAACCCGACCCCCAGAUCCCCCAAAUCUCCAGCGAUUCCGUCAGUACACACCCGGCGACCGUUCAACCCCACCUCAGAAUACUCUCUCCAACAGGCUGACAAAGCUGACCUUCCCAGCCUUUGAUGGUACGGAGUUUCGUGACUGGAUCUGUCGUUGCGAGCAGUUCUUCGACAUUGAUAACACAGCCCCCGAGUUGAAAGUCCGACUUGCUGCUAUGCAUAUGAUCGGCAAGGCCCUUCAAUGGCACAGGAACUACUUAGCUGAGCAGUUUGGGAUCUUUCCAUCUUGGACAGACUACAUCAUCGCGCUCUCAGGUAGAUUCAACGGCCUCUUCGACGACCCUCUGGCGGAUCUCGUCGCGUUGAAACAAGGCACUGACUCUGUUCCCGAGUAUCUGGAGAAGUUCGAGAACGCAAGAACCCGACUUUCCUUACCAGAAGCUCAUGCCUUAAGCAUCUUUCUGACAAACAUGAACCCCCACCUGUCACUCCAUGUUCGUCAGUUUGGCCCUACAUCUCUAUCUGAUGCUGCAAGAAUAGCUAGCCUACACGAGUCUUCUUUGGCUGCGACUCCUCAGCGCUCCUACAGGGCUCCCUUCAAUCCUUCUCAACAGCAGAAAAACUAUGGUGCUCCGUACAAACAACAAACACCACUGUUACCUGCUCCUGAGCUACCAAACCAUACCACUAAACCUACUUUCAUCCCCAAGAGCAACACUGAUAGACCUGCUCGCAAGUUCUCUUACCAGGAGAUGCAAGAUCGCAGAGCCAAGGGACUCUGUAUGUUUUGUGAUGAAGCUUUCACACCGGGGCAUCAACUAAAACACAAAAGAUCUCAGAUUUUUGUCAUGGAAUGCGAAGAUGAGGAUGACGAUGAGGACCCCUUGCUCGAGAAUGAGAACAUCACUGAUCUCACUGAUGAGGAAGCUCAAGCUGAGCCCACUCCAGUUAUAUCUGUCAAUGCUCUCAGUGGCUCCACCACAUUUAACUGCAUGAGAGUUAUUGGGAA